AUGAGCUCCGAGUGGGACAAGACGUGCCUCGUGUGCGGCAUCAGGACCGAGAACCGCUGCUCGAGCUGCGCAAAGGCCGGCAUCGACCUCUUCUUCUGCUCUCCCGACCACCAGAAGCUCAUGUGGAAAUGGCACCGCCGUGUCUGCGGGCCGGGCAAGGCCAAUCCGUUCAUCUGGCCGCUCCUGUCGCAGCUCGAGGCCGACGAGAUCAUCGAGCACAUGCACGAGUCGACCGGCACGUUCGCCGAGCCUGGCCCAGGUCCUUCGACGGUCGCCGAGGGCGUACAAUACAGCCUCCGUCUCUCGCCGGAAAAGCUUGCCUACAUCGUCCCCAAGGUCACCGAGGGUGCGCCGAUGUCCAUUUGGGACGGCCAUCUGGCCGCUCAGCAGACCGUGCUUGCGUGCGUGCGCGCGUACGAGACCAUGCGCAUCAAGCACACACUGUACAAGCGCUCCUCGCCGCCGAUCGACGCCCUCAAAGCUCUCGUCGGUCACGACUUCAUCGUCGCGACCAACAAGGAGUACGGCACCGAGCCCUGGCGCACCCAGUACCGCCACUUUGUCCUCGCCAAGAUUGUUCUGCACGACCUCGACCGCCUCACUCGUCACCGCGAGCCGCCCGCCGAGUGGCGGCGCCUCACUCGCGAGUGCAUCAUCGUCUUUGAGAACGUCGUCAUCAGCCGCACGCAUCCUGAGAUUGUCGAGUACCUGCACGAGAAGAGAGCGAGGCGGGCUCUCAAGGACGAGGCGAGGGCCAAGGCGCGCGCAGCAGCGACGGAGCUGUAGAGGGCACCUGCAAUGGGCAAGGUCGUCGUCGC